AUGGAGGAACUCUUCAGCAAAGUGUUACAGGUGAACGUGAGGUGCAGGGACUGCGAGGAAAGGAAAGCAAAUAUUCGUGUCAUCAUCAAUCUUCAGUUGACAACAAGUCCAGUGCACAAACGAGAUCUUCUCGUAAGACUAACAGAUGAUCUGGAUCCAUAUUUUCUCUUCAACCUCUCUAUAUCAGAAGAAGAUUUCCAAAGUCUGAAAGUCCAGCAGGGGCUACUGAUCGACUUUGCAUCAUUUCCUCAGAAGUUUAUCGACCUGCUAAACCUGUGCUAUUCUGAGCAAGAGUCAGAGAAUCCAAGGUUUCUCCUGCACUUGUCAUGUCAGUCUUCAAUGCUUGAAGGCCCUGCUAACUUCAGUGUUGUUGAGACAAACGCAUUCAAACACCUGAAUCACUUGUCUUUACGCCUUGUUCAAGGUUCUGACAAGGAGAUUAAGGACUAUCUGGCAGUGCGUCUCUCAUCUCUGAAGGUAGAGAAGCAGGCCCUGGAGACGAAGCUUAAGAAGACUGAAGAUGAUCUGUCCAGACAACUGAGUUAUGCUCAACAGACUCUAUCUGAGAAGACUAAAGAGUUGGACAAACUGCGUUCAGAGUGGACAUGUCAGAGCAGCUCUCUGUCCAGCCGUCAUUCUCAGGAGUUACAGUUGGAGAGAGAGAAGGCUGUGGAGUUGCAAAGCAGGCUUCAGCAGCAGAUUGAGCAGCUCCGUCAGGACUUGGAGAGCUCUCACAAAAAGAGUAGCCAGCAGCUUCACAGCAGAGUGACAGAGCUAGAGGCCUCCUGCAGAGAGCUGACAGAGAGGAAAUACAAGAACGAGUCUUCCAUCAGAGACCUGAAGAUUAAACUAGUUGGAGCAGAGGAGGAGUGCCAGCGCUCAAAGCAGCAAGUUCUGUCCCUGAGGAGGGAGAACAGCACUUUGGAUACAGAGGUCCAUGAGAAAGAGCGUUUAGUGAACCAGCUGCAGAUGAGAGUAGCUGUUCUAGACCAGGAAGUCAAAGAUAAGGAUCAGCUGAUGCGCCGAACAAAAGAGGUGCUGGAAGCCACUCAGCAGCAGAAGGAAUCAGUAGAAGAAAAUGCUGAAAGUAAAGAGCUUCAGAUGAAAAAACUUGAAGCAACGGUGAAAACACUAUCUGAGGAGCUUAUAAAGGCGAAUGGUAUCAUUAAGAAGCUGCAGGGGGAGGUUCGAGGCCUAGUUGGAAAAAUAAAAGUCAAAAACACUGUGACCGUGUCACAGGAGAAGUUCCUGCAGGACACAUCUGAGAAACUUCAGAAUGUAGAGAAAGAUCUGCAGAGCGCUCAGCAGCAGGUCAUCACCAAGGAUGAGCAGGCGUCAAAACUGAAGGAGCAGUUGGAGAUGACAGUACAGAAGCUAAAUGAAAGCAGAGAAGUGUUGAAAACUAAUGAGAAUGUUAUAAAUUGGCUGAACAAGCAGCUGAAUGAAAAGCAGCUGUCCAGAAAUCCACAGCCUCCGGAAUGUGUGGGGAAUCCUUCAGUUUUAUCCACAACUCCUGGACUAAGGGCUCAGUUUUAUCCUCAAACGGUCAAAGCGGUUGUAUGUCCUGGGAUGACGGUGGAUGUCACCCCUGCUGAACAGAGAGCAGUGCAGCCAGCCAGCAGACAGAUUGGUGACUACCCAGGUCUGGAUUCAAAGUACUUUGAGAGGAGAGAUGACAGCAUCCCAAUCUACGGUCUGUCAUCUAAUCUGCUCCACAGAGAGUUCACUCAGCAAACAAAGCCUCCUGUAGCUUCUGCUUACUUCUCUGCCUGAAGGAGGAACUACUAGAUUCAAGGACUGAAAGACUUUCAACUCAAGGUGGAAGCAAAACCAUAACAAUUGUUUGUCUUCAGCUCAUUUACAGAACUUUUACUGACCUGCUGUGCUACAUAAACUUUAUUUUUGGUGGCUGUUUUUAAUGUUUUAAUUUAUUUGCCAAUGAUCUACAUGUCUGUCUUCUCAUUUGUUGGUCAGAUAAAUGCUGUUAAGACUGGUCGAUUCCAAUGAUCAUGAAGAAUGUAUUUGUCUUCAAUUGUCUUCUUUCGCAUACACAGCAUUAUUUGCCAUCCUUAAGUAUUUAUUUUAUGUUUGUGUAGUAUUUCUGUUAUAAAGUGUAAUAAACAGAUGUCCAUCCUCAUUGAUGUUUACAGUAAUCUCAUUGAUUGAUGUAAUCUCUCUUUAAGCCUUAUCUAAUUAAGAAAAUGUGUGAGGUGGAAAUAUUGGUGGUGUUCAAUGUUUACCAUCUCAUUGCUCUGUCAUCUUACUCUUUCAUUUAAAGACGUGUUAGCAAAAGUGUUAGCAAUAUAAUAUAGCUCUACUGGCAGCUCUAA